UGAUUGGUUUCUAUGGGCAACAUCCCAUAUGAAAUAGAACUCACAUCUUAGUAAAUUUACCCCAUGUAUCAGUAAAACUGAGCAGGACCCAGAGUCCUAUCAUGGAGCCUCCACCUCACUCACUGAUACAUGAGAAAGACAAUGAGCAGAAGAUCCUGGAAUUCACCAACAAGAUCAUUCAGCUGCUGGCUGGAGAGGUGACUGCUGGGAAUGGGACAUUAUACAGUAACACCAGGGGAGGUGUCUGGGUGAUGACUGGAGAGGUGACUGCUGGGAGUGGGGCAUUAUACAGUAACACCAGGGGAGGUGUCUGGGUGAUGACUGGAGAGGUGACUGCUGGGAAUGGGACAUUAUACAGCAGGGGCGGCCAACCAGUCAGUGACAAAGAGCCCAAAAAACUUGUUAGGUACGUCAAAGAGCCGACAUCGAGCCGAAGGCGCGCAUGCAAAAAUGGUAUGUGGCCUUGUGCCUGCUAGACCACACCCCUGGUAUAAAAUACAUUGAAAAAUCCAGAACGACAUAAAAUAAAUUUUUUUAAAGUCAGAUCCUUUGAAAAAGGCGCUUUCACAUAAAAUAAUUUAAGAAGCCAGAUUCACAUAAUAAACUUAAGUUCCCCCAUGUGUCACUCCAGCCAGCUCCCCAUGUGGCACUACUGCUAGCACCCUCCUAUGUCACUCCAGCCAGCUCCCCAUGUGACACUCCUGCUAGCACCCUCCUAUGUCACUCCAGCCAGCUCCCCAUGUGACACUCCUGCUAGCACCCUCCUAUGUCACUCCAGACAGCUUUCCCAUGUGUCACUCCUGCCAGGACCCUUCUGUGUCACUCCAGCUAGCUCCGACCUGUGUCACUCUAGCUCACCCUCAAGUGUCACUAAAGUUCCCCCACCAAGUCGUGCCAUUGCUGCAGCCCCUAAUGUGUUCUCUGUUUGCCAGUGGGUGUCUCGCCUCUAGUAUCUGGGUCCUUCAAUUUUCAGUCUCAGUAGUGCUGCUGCGUAUCUGGCUGGAGUGUAGCAGUUUCUGUAUCUGUUGUGAUCACAUGAUUUAGAGUGUUGGGAGCCACAUUUAAAGAAAGAAAGAGCCUCAUGCGGCUCAAGAGCCACUGGUUGGCCACCGCUGUUAUACAGUAACACUAGGGGAGGUGUCUGGGUGAUGACUGGAGAGGUGACUGCUGGGAAUGGGACAUUAUACAGUAACACCAGGGGAGGUGUCUGGGUGAUGACUGUGUCAUUGUGUGUGUCAGGUUCCUAUAAGGUGUCAGAAUGUCACUGUCUAUCUCUCCAUGCAGGAGUCGGAGUAUAUAGAGGGACACAAGGAUCUGUACAAAGAUAUGAUUAUGGAAAAUCACUGGCCCCUCAUGUUACUGGAUGGGCCCAGUAACAGAGAUUCCCCAGAGAGAUGUCCCUGUCCUCUUUAUCCACAGGACUGUACAGAGAAGAAUCACAGGACCCCACAGGAGGAUCAGGGUGAAGAUCUGACCAUUAUUAAGGUAGAAGUUAUAAAGGAGGAAGAUGAGACAUAUGUGACUAAUAUAAAAGCAGAAGAUACAGAGAAAGAAGAAGAGAUGUAUGUCACUGAUAUAAAGGUAGAAGAUAUAGAGGAAGAAGAAGAGAUGUAUGUGAGGGGUGAUCAGCAGUGUAAGGAGGAGGAAAUCCCUACAUAUAUCAGCACAGCAGAUGGACGCACAGGCAGCAAGAACUCGGAGGGAGAUCUAAUUUUUUCCCCACAGUUUAAAAUAGAAGAUAAGAUCUUGCAGGAUUUUCCAGGAAAUAAUUCCGUUACUCUAAAUAUACAACCAAUACCUCACAGUGCAGAUAUAUCAUCUCAUCUCUAUAAUUGUGAGGAAUGUUCUCCUGAUACCUCCAGUAUUGCUACACACAGUUCAGCUAAAACCCUUCCCUGUUUUGAGUGUGGGAAAUAUUUCACUAGGAAAUCAAUUCUGGUUAAACAUCAGAGAGGUCACACAGGUGAGAGGCCAUUUCCAUGUUCUGAGUGUGGGAAAUGUUUUACACAGAAGGCACAUCUUGUUAAACAUCAGAGAUCUCACACAGGGGAGAAACCAUUUCCAUGUUCUGAGUGUGGGAAAUGUUUUACAGAGAAAUCAGCUCUUGUUACACAUGAGAGAAGUCACACAGGUGAGAGGCCAUUUCCAUGUUUUGAAUGUGGAAAAUAUUUUAAACAGAAAUCACAUCUUGUUGUACAUCAGAGAAGUCACACAGGUGAGAGGCCAUUUCCAUGUUCUGAGUGUGGGAAAUGUUUUACACAUAAAUCAGAUCUUGUUAGACAUCAGAAAUGUCACACUGGGGAGAAACCAUUUACAUGUUCUGAGUGUGGAAAAUGUUUUACACAUAAAUCAGAUCUUGUUAGACAUCAGAAAAGUCACACAGGGGAGAAACCAUUUCCAUGUUCUGAGUGUGGGAAAUAUUUUACACAUAAAUCAGAUCUUAAUAGACAUCUGAGAAAUCACACAGGUGAGAGGCCAUUCCCAUGCUUUGAGUGUGGGAAAUGUUUUACACAGAAAUCAGAUCUUGUUUCACAUCAAAAAAUACAUAAAAAGCCAUGAGCUGAUAGGCAUGAAAUGCAUCACUUUAAAUAUUGCAAACACUUUGCAAACUCUAAGCUCCCAAUCUCAAACUGCAAUGUAACGGACAUCUUUCUUCCCCUUUCUCUGUCCAAAGAGGUACGAGACAAGAUUGUCUGUUAUCACCUUUCUUAUUUGAUAUAGCGAUAGAACACCUUGCUAUAUCUUCCGUACUUAUCCCCUUUAUAAAGGCAUCUUGGUAGGUGAUCUAAAUCUUAAGGCCACACUUUUGGCAGACGAUAUGCUCUUCUUCAUAUGUGACUCUACUUUCUCCAUUAGAGCAGUUAUGGAUAUAUUAGUAUACUUUGCCUCUGUCUUCAUUUAUAAGGUAGAUAUUGACAAAGUAGAAAUUCUGCUGAUUACAGGUUCCUUACUGCUGGAUUACACUCCAGCUCUCAGUCAGUUUAAACUCAGUAACUCUCAAAUAAUGGGGCAGAUGUAUUAAGCCUGGAAACGGAAUAAG